AUCUGCGGAUCAGCUGGAGGCAGCAAUAAACAGGAAUUUCUGCAGCGGAAAGAAAAAUAGAGGACAAGAGGCGAAAGCUGCAGAUGUUAUGAUCUGAAAUAUAUAUAUAUAUAAUUAAGCAGUGUAAUUUUUUUUGUUUACACGAAGCCCUUCUUCUACGAAGAAAGCCUUUUAUUUUUGUAUAAUAGUGUUUUAGCUACCUCACAUAAAGGCUACCUUAAGCUAUGCUUUAAGAGUUUCUACUGAUCUCGUUUACAACUUGAAUAAUCCAUCAAAGGCAGGCCUUUGUUCCAAACCAAGUGAAACCUUACAUUUGCACUACAGAAGCCUGUUAAGACUUGUUCGUCAAAUCCAAGAUCAAACACUGGGCUUUAAGUGGAAACAAGAAAAUCAGGCACAGAGCAGCAUUAAACGAAUACAUUAAAAACAUCAAAACGGCAGCUAUAUAUUUUUGUUCUUGAGGACAGUUUAACACCACUGUCGUCAAAACUUGAGAAUACAAGCAGCAAUGUUUCAGCGUCUUAGCAACUUGUUGUUCGGGGAGGUGGAGGAGGUGUCAGCUGAGCUGAAAGGACCCAAUCCAUGUGUGACGGAGGCCGACGAGGAAGGAUGGAUGCUCGUCAAUCUGACUGAGGGAGCCACAGCGGAGGCCAGUCCGAUGGAGGACCUCCUUAUAGAGCACCCCAGCAUGUCUGUGUACGUCUCCCCGAACAACCUGUCCAUGGUCUCCAACAGCAACCUGUCUGUGGUGGGGGAGGAAAGCCUUGUCAGCCUGGCGAGCAGCGUGAGAGGGUCUGAACCAGUUGCUCCCCCAGCUAUGCCCACCAGGGUGACCCGUGGAGCAGCGGCACAGGCUGGCGCACUGGCCAAGGUCACCCAGGUGGCUAGGGUCCAGCGUUACAAAGCUCGCAUGGAGCGGCGCCAUCUGAGCCGCAACCACAUCCAACGCCAAAACCGCACGAGGGAGCAGGUCCCUCGCCGUGCAGCCCACACCAGAAACACCUUCCUUCACCAGCCCUGCAAGCGUAACAUCUGUCACUAAACUCCCAUUAACCUGGGGGGCUUUGUUUACUCUGGGGGCAUUAGUACCGUGGCUUAAGUCAAACAUGAUCAUACCGGUAUUUGUCAACCCACAGCAGACCUGCAGGUCUUUUUGUGUCACCCUGCUAUUUUUCAACCCAGUCUGCUGGUAUGAACCAGUCGCUUCUAGAUUAGCAUAAACCUUAACCAUUGCCUCUUCUUUGUUCAUUGCAGUAAACAGAAAUAAAUAAACAACAACAAAAAAA